AAAAUGUGGAAUCUGGCCUUGCAAGCCUGUCUUUGUACAAGGCUGCCCAAUCUCGUUCCAGUCUUUAGAUACUGGAGGAUGUAUACGAGAUGCCAAGGCCUCUAAAUAGGUUCCUUUCAAUCUGCGAAGUAACAUCCUUCCCCAGCUAAUCUAGUCAAGGUACAAAGCCCUCUUGUUGUAGCCCUGCACCUCCACAGAUUAUAUCGAAUCUCUCAGGAUUUAAUGCACCUUCUAAAUACAGAACCCUGGUCUAUAGAUUAUAACUAAUCUGUUUUGGCAUAAUGCACUGUCAUCCCUGAAGGGGCAGAAACCAGUAUCUCAUCUGUCUCUGGGGAUUAGAUACACUCAGUGAUUUGGUGCUCAGGCACAGAACCAGUAGUAGUUGUUACUGUAUUUCUUGGGUUUUUUCCUAUAGUGACAAAGAACUGCAAUGAUGGGCUAGGACCUGCUUUGCUAGUCACUGUACUAACACAGAGCCAGGAGACAGACCCUGAUCCCUCCAUCCAGUGAGACUAAUCUGUGCUCAAAGCAAGCAGCUAUGGGCUAAGGAUUUCCCAGCCUCGGGGCUGCCAGCUGCACUGCCACCUGCCUGACUUGUUACGUACCCAGCCAGUUCCUCGGCUUCACGUGGGUGGGGGGACGCUGGCCAACAAAUGGUCUCUGUGAGUCGCAGCGAGCCGCUACCCGCUUCCGACUCCCUGACGGACUCGCUGAGCACCCCGCAGCGAGGCAGCAUUGCUGCUGCUCUUCAGACCAAGAUGCCACCCUCCACGCUGCUGGAGAGCUGCAAGGAGGGGGUGCCCAGCGUCCCAGAGGGCUCCGCUGUUCUGUUUCCGGAUGGCAUCGGCCCUGGGCACGAUGCUCCUCUGCCGCCGUCCAAGUUUAAGAAGGAGGCUGAGAAACCCCAAGCCACCGUCUAUGAGGCCCACUUGAAGCUGCCUGACUUCUGUUCCAGCCUCUCCCAGAACUUCAUCCCCACCCUGGAGGAGAUCGAGGAGUUCUUGAAGGAGAAGAUGGAGCUCCUCAAGGAGGAGCUGGGUGAGAAACAGCCGGUGGGAGGCAAGCUCGAGUUCAAGUCGGAGAUCAACCUGGGAACCUCUGGGGUGCAGCUCGUGCCCAGGAUGGUCAUGGAGGGGGAUACGUCAAGCCCAACCCAGGCUGUGCUGGUGCCCGGGGCCACGGAUCUGGUGACAGCUCUUGGGAGCAUCCCUGUUGUCCUCCAGAUCCAGCCCAUCCAGGGGAACCGUGCGAGCCCCCCUCCCCAGGAGGCUUUGGGGGGCAUCAAGGUGGCGCACUUGGUCAUCAGCGUGCAGGGCCAAAGCCUGACCCUUCUCCCUCAGGCUGCCCAGCCCCUGGGGACCGUUUUGAAUCAGAAGUACAUCAAAAUUGCCCCCCUGCCUGUGGCUCUGAGGCCGGGGGAGCUGGGGGCUGUGCAAGCGGCUGAGGCCACCCCCAAGUGCCAGAAGGCUGCCUCUCCCAUUCUCCGUGUCCACCGGUGCUCCCACCCCGGCUGCAGCAAGACGUACACCAAGAGCUCCCACCUCAAAGCACAUUUCCGGCGCCACACUGGAGAGAAGCCUUACGUCUGCCUGUGGCCCAACUGUGACUGGAGGUUCUCCCGGUCGGACGAGCUAUCCCGCCACAAGCGCUCCCACUCUGGGGUCAAGCCCUACCAGUGCAUGGCCUGCGAGAAGAAGUUUACCCGCAGCGACCACUUGGCCAAGCACAUGAAGAUCCACAAGAGCCAGCGCGGAGCUGGGAGCCGGACAGCUCAGGGCAUUGGCAGCAGUUAACCCUCUUGCUUCUGCUUGAUGGAGCUGGGGUGGAAACCAGCUGUGCCAGGGGCUGAACAGCAGUACAAGCAGCCUCUCCUUUGGCAGGAGAGGAAAGGGACUCUUUGUGCAGGCUGUGGACGAUCCAAGGUCUAUCUCUGCCCAGUAGUGCCUUAUAGUCGGGGCCUGUCUCUGAUAGAGCCGUGUCCCCUCUAAAUACAUAUCAUAUACAUGA